AUGGCACCUCACGGCGAAUCCGACGCCUCUGCUGGCGCACAAGCCGCCGACAAACUCAAAGCCACGGCCGACGCUGUGCUCUCCACCUUCUCUCACGAGGAUGAAUCCGAAGCUCAUCGGAUCUUUCGCUCGCACCCCGGUCACAACGGCCGUCGAUCCUCCACCAUCUCCCCCGCCGAGAAGCACACCUUCCGAUCCAAUCUCCACAAGACCCACGAGGAGAUCGGUGAACGUUUCCCCGCCAUCGAGCAUCCUGGCUCCACCGGUGUCAUCUACGUCACCGAUCGUGCAACCAGCAAUGGCUUCUACUACGGCAACCCCGAAUGGGCAAACAUGGGUCAAGGUGCUCCCGAGGUCGGCAACAUCGAAGGCGGAACUCCACGAUCCCUCCAAUUCGACCUGAGCGAGUUCGGAGAGGGCGUGCACGAGUAUGCACCCAACACGGGUACCAUGGCUCUGCGAAAGGCCGUGGCCGACUACUACAACCACACGUUCCGACAGAAGCAGAGCAAGAAGUUCGACCACAGCAACGUGUGCAUCGUUCCUGGUGGCAGAGCGGGAAUGACCAGGUUGGCCGCCGUGAUUGGAAACGUCAACUGCGGAUAUCAGCUGCCCGAAUACACGAGCUACGAGAGCAUGCUGAGUGCGUUUAAGAGCCUGGUACCGAUUCCUACGGUGCUUUCGGAGGAAGACAGGUACAAGCUGAGCACUCACGAUCUGCGCAAAGAGAUCAAGGGAAGGGGGCUGAGCGCCAUGAUCAUGUCCAACCCACGCAACCCCACCGGUAUGCUGAUCGAAGGGCAAGAGCUCAAAGAUCUGGUGGAGACGUCCAAGGAGCUGGGUUGUACGAUUCUGCUCGACGAGUUCUACUCGUGGUACAUGCACGAAGGACCUCUCGGGCGCGCCAACUCUGCCGCCGAGCAUAUCGAUGACAUCAACGAUACCCCCGUCGUCAUGAUCGACGGCUUGACGAAGGGGUUCCGACUGCCCGGAUGGAGGGUCUGCUGGGUUGUCGGUCCCAAGGACAUCAUCACCGCGCUCAACCAGUCCGGAUCGUUCCUCGACGGCGGCACGAGCCACCCGAUGCAGUGCAUGGCCCUGCAGAUGCUCGACAUCGACAGGUGCAAUCAGGACAGGAUUGCGCUGCAGAAACUCUUCAGGCACAAACGUCAACACGUCCUCGCCAGGCUCAAACGCAUGGGUCUCGAAGUCAAAGUCGAGCCUCAAGGUACAUUCUACAUCUGGCUCAGCGGACUGGUCAUGUUCGAAGAACUACUCAAAGAAAAAGCCAUCGUCGUUCCCGGCAUCAGCUUCGACAUCAACCCAGCUCAUCGUCGAAACAUCGUCCAUUCGCCCUGCGAAAAGUUCAUCCGCAUCUCGUACGGUCCGGAUCUGGCGCAGGUCGAUCGUGGAUUGGAUGCUCUCGAGAGGGUCAUCGCGAAAGCCGACCCGAAGCAUCACGAGAACGCCAACCUCGGAAAGGGCUUUGCUCCGACAAAGAGUGCCCACUCUGACGAUCAGAAGCACUAA